AUGGCCCGGUCGAACCACCAGAAAACAGCCAAGAAGCCUGCGGCCACCCGGUCCAAGAAGGGAGCAAAGUCUUCUGUACCCACCGGAGUCCUUGUCCAGAGUGCCGCUGGUGACGUUGGUGGUGACACUCAAGGCGCCGUCACUGAAGAAGCAGGCGACGACCAGAAUAACGGAGAGAAGAAGAAGACAACCUGGACGAUACCUCUCUCUCACCGACUCAUCACCUCUGUCAUAGAGAACAAGGAGAUCAAAAACGGCCUAUACCCGGAGCCUGGUCCCAACCCCUCCAUGAAGAAUGGCGGUGGGAAACGCAAGACAGAAUUCCACGCCAAGCUCGCCACCAUUGUCUUCGCCGAUGACCUGGAGUAUGGAGCCGCCUUCAAUGCAGAGGUGAAAGCUGAUCCAAAGAACAUUGUGAAGUGGGGGCUGAAGGUCAAGAACCGCCUCAAAGGACUCGAAAAGGAGACUCGGGACUACUUGACUGAGCUGGGCCAGACUGGAGCUGGUAUUGAGAGGGAGGAGGACAUCGACAUGUCUCAGAACAACAGCUUCACGAACCGAUGGGCCCAAAUCCAGGAGAAGUUCCUGUUUCUGUGGGAUAUGAAAGGGCUUAUCAAUGCGCGCCCUAACGUCAUUCCCGUCGGAAUUGCCAAUGGACAGGACAACAUUGACUCUAUGCGCAGCAAGUCUCUCCCAGUCGCCGUCGAUCCCCACAACAGCGACGAUGAUGACAGCGAUCUCAUCAGGUCCGUGGCCGCUGCGUGCGAGAAGUCUGGUCGUAGUGGUGCCGACCUGGCCCCUGCUCGCACCAGUGAGCCACUGAUGACGAAGGACACCGCUACUGUGGCCAGCGAGUCUGGCAAGAAGACCUCCACACGCUCUGGAGUAUCUACACCUGCUGCCAAGGGUACAACUUCAGCCUCAGGCAAGAAGCUCAAGAACUCGGACCAGUUCAACAACUUCCAUCUCACCGAUGCUGCAACUCAGCAAAAGCUCUACGACGCCCAGAUCGCUCGCAGCAUGGUUGACAAAGAGAAGGCAAAGGUGAAGAUCUUGAAGACGAAUGGCAAGUAUGAACUGCUCAAGCUACGCCUCGAUUUCAAGCACCAGCGCGCACUAGAGAAGCAGAAGCAGGAGAUGCAGAUGCAGAUGGCCAUGAUCAAGCAGGGCAUGCAUCCUGGAGGGGUCAGAUUUGGUGCGUUCUCAACGGAUCCGGGCUACUCUCCAAUGUCUCGUAGUGCGAUGUCGCACAACACCCCCAACUUCGACAUCCUGGGCCCAAGCACUGCGACCAUUUAUCGCCCUCUUGAUGGACAAGCUCCCAUUGACCUGCUGGAUCCGCUUGCGGCUGCUGGAGUCAUGCACACCACGAUAACCAGUCUGAUGGGUGAUUUGGCAGGAGUUGGGGACUCGAACAUAGUGUCGGGAUAG